AUGAGCUCAAGAACUUAUAAACAUGAUGAAUUGCCUUCAAGUGUCAUCUCUCUACUAGAAAGUGGCAAAUUCGUACAUUUAGGUACAGCUGAUUUAAAAGGUUUACCAGAUGUUGCAUUAAUGAAUUAUUAUUAUUUACCUUCUCAUGAAUUAUAUAACAAAAAACCAAUUGAUGGUGAAGAAACUGGACCAUUAGAUCCAACAAAUUCCAAAGAACAUACUUAUAUCAUUUUAUCAACAAAGAAAUGUUCAGUUAAAUAUAUAAACAUUGAACAAAAUCCAAAUGUUUCUUUAUUAUUACAUGAUUGGACUACAGCAAAAAAUUUAUUCAAGAGAAAUGAUUUAGUUGAUGAUCAAUCAAAUCUUUUUAAAAUUUUACAUGAUUUAAAUCAAUCUGAAUUAAGUCAAGUUAGUGCUACAUUAUCAGGUCAAGCAACAAUUUUAAAAAAUAAAGAUGAAUUAAAUUUUUAUAAAUCAAAAUUAUUACAAGAAAAUCCUGAUGCAAAAAUAUAUAUUGAUGGUGAUGAAAAUUCAAUCAUUUUAGUUCAAAUCCUAAGUGCUAAAGUUUCAGAUUCUGAAGCUCAUUUAUCAACAUAUAAAUGA